AUGGCGGGGGCAGAGAGCGCGGCGGCGGCGGCGGCGGCAGGCUUGCUGAAUGGGGGCGACGAGGGCGGGCCGGAGGAGAAGCGCCCCCGCCUCGGGGCGGCCCCCGCCUCCUCCGCGGGGCCCCCCGGCAACCGCGUGACGGUGGUGCUGGGGGCGCAGUGGGGGGACGAGGGCAAGGGCAAGGUGGUCGACCUGCUCAGCCUCGACGCCGACCUCGUCUGCAGGUGCCAGGGGGGCAAUAAUGCCGGACACACCGUUGUGGUGGAUUCAGUCGAGUACAAUUUCCACCUGUUGCCCAGCGGGGUGAUCAACCACAGUGCCACGUCGUUCAUUGGAAACGGUGUCGUCAUCCACUUGCCUGGCCUCUUUGAAGAGGCUGAGAAGAACCUGAAGAAAGGGCCAGGUCUGGAAGGCUGGGAGUCUCGGACGGUGAUUUCCGACCGUGCCCAUCUGGUGUUCAAUUUCCACCAAGCUGUGGAUGGAAUCCAAGAGCAGCAACGGCAGCAGCAGGCCGGGCAAAACCUCGGCACCACUAAAAAGGGGAUUGGGCCCGCCUACUCCUCAAAGGCCUCCCGAACCGGCCUGCGCAUCUGCGACCUGCUGGCUGAUUUCAAUGAGUUUUCCAAGAAGUUUAGGGUCCUGGCUCAGCAGUACAAAACCACAUAUCCAGCUCUCACCAUUGACACGGAAGCCGAGCUGCAGCAGCUAAAGAUCUAUGCCGAGAAAAUCCGCCCGUUGGUGAAAGAUGGUGUGUAUUUCAUGUACAAAGCCCUCCACGGUCCACCCAAGAAGAUACUGGUUGAAGGAGCCAACGCUGCCCUGUUGGACAUAGAUUUUGGAACCUACCCGUUCGUGACUUCCUCCAACUGCACUGUGGGAGGUGUCUGCACCGGCCUCGGCAUCCCGCCGCACUGCAUCGGCAAGGUCUACGGCGUGUUGAAAGCUUACACCACCCGCGUGGGCGUUGGCACCUUCCCCACCGAGCAGAACGACGAGAUCGGGGAGCAGCUGCAGUCACGGGGCCGGGAAUUCGGCGUCACCACCGGGCGGAAGCGCCGCUGCGGCUGGCUGGAUCUUGUGCUGGUGAAAUAUGCCCACAUGAUCAACGGUUUCAGCGCCCUCGCCGUGACCAAACUAGAUAUCCUGGACACUUUUGAGGAGAUCAAAGUGGGCGUGGAGUACCGGCUGGACGAGAAGCGGAUUCCCUACUUCCCAGCUAACCAAGAAGUCCUGAACAAGGUUGUGGUGCAGUACAAGGUGCUCCCCGGCUGGCGGUGCAGCACCGAGGAAGCCCGCAGCUUUGCCGACCUGCCCCCCGAGGCCCAGGGCUACAUCCGCUUCAUUGAGGAUUACCUGGGGGUGCCAGUCAAGUGGAUCGGAGUGGGAAAGUCCCGCAAAUCCAUCAUCAAAGUCUUCUGAGGAGGCUGUGGCAGGGAGCCCCCCCACGCCGGACGCCAGAGUCUGGGGCUGCCCCCUAUAUUCACUGCACACAUUUCACGGACCAAUCAUCAGAGGACCGCAGAAAAUAGGGGGGACACUCCCCCCUUCGCUCAGGCCAGACACCCCCCAGGCACCUCCGCUCGGCCGAAAACACUCCUCAGCGCUUCUCCAGGGCUUGCCAGCUCUCCACAGCCCUCCGCCCCAUUUCCACCUUCCCCCUGGAGGCCUUUCCACAGCUUCGGCGAGUCCAGAGAUGGAUGCGGCCCUCCCGGCCACACCAAGACGGUCGCGGAGGCAGCCCAGGCUGAGAUCCUCUGUUGUCUUUCCGGGAUGCCCGAGACAAUACACUCCGCUUUCCGGCACUGUCCGAGCGUCUCUCACCCCACUCUUUUUAGUCCAGUUCCCCUGAAUUGAAGCCACGUCAUUCUUCAUCCCCGGGCCGUGGCACCAUCUUGUGCGGCCAAAGGAAAGGAAUUUCCUUUGCCCAUUUCCAGGCAUCCUUUCAACAGUCGAAGGCCACAUGUCUUUCUCAGAAAUCUUGGGAGUUUACGCUCAGGCCCUUAAGGUCAGGCUGGCCGGCCUGGGGUCCCAGCCCAGCCCUCUGCUGGAUCUGGCUUCCCAGGCCAUGUGUGGUUUUGCCCAUCCCCAGAAGCUGAGAUCCCUCUCCAAGGGGUUUCAUUGCAUUUAUAUUCCACCUUUCUUCCUCUAGCAAGGGACCCCGGGCUAUGCCGCCUCCGCUGUGUCCUCACAACAGCCCUGCGAUGUAGGCCAGGCCCGGUCCAGCCCUCUUUACCACAACACCACCUGGCACUGUGCUUGCGCUCUUCUCUCAGUCUUAGUCUUAAGGGAAAUUUGAACAGCCCGGCUUUUGUGAUUGAUUGUAACUAUGCAAAUUAAUCCUCUCCGUCCUCACUCCACGGCAGGUCCUGGGGGAGAAGCUGUUCUGCAGACUGCAGAAGCACUGCCUGUAAUCAUUGGUGCCCUUUUCCCCCAAGGGCUCCUUUUAGGUUUCCAAACCUUAAUCAGGACUAGAUCCCUGAUUAGUCUUUUUAAGCUGCAGAAGCGGGAAUUCACUGCACCAACAGAAUAGACACCAAAGCUCUCUAAAACACAUGUGCAGCAACCUCACCUCUGCAUCUAACGCUGAUUCCUGCCCUUCUAGUAUUUUUUUAUACACGUGUGAAGAAAUCACCUGACAUUUCAGUGUUGCCCUCAGUGGCUCUCGCAUUUUCUGGGCAUUUCUGCGUCUGCCAAGUUCUGCUGUGAACAGAAAUAACAAUAAAGGAUGUAGAUUUAUUUUAUAAGA